AUGGAGUUGUGUGAGGGGUACGACAUCCAGCAGGCUUUUACCUCCGUUACGUACCCCCAAAGCAAUGGGCAAGCUGAAGUCGCCAAUCGGGAGAUUUUGCGAGUUCUACGAGCUCGGCUCGACCAUGAAGGUGGGAGUUGGGUAAACAUGCUGCCCGGGGUAUUAUGGGCACUCCGAACGACACCCAAGGAAGGAAUAGGAGCGACCCCCUUCCACCUGGUGUAUGGGGGAGAGACCAUCGUCCCAGCAGAAGUCGGGGUAGAAUCCGAUCGGAUCCGAGUCUACGACGAGAACAAUGCUGAGCGGAGGCAUUUGGAGCUGGACCUGGUGGACGAGACGCGAGCCAAGGCCGCCGUCCGGUCAAUGGUGUACUGGCAGAGGAUGAAGCAAAACUACAACAGACGGAUAAUUCCCAGAUCUUUUCAAGUCGACGACCUCGUCUAG